AUGUUCGCGAGAAGAUGUAAUGCCGACGCGGAAUUUAGGUUGAAUAAUCGCUUUAAAAAAUUUAUUGUUAGUUAUGCUAUACAGAUUGAUUCAAUGCUGUUCCACUUGUAAUACGGACGGAAUCGGAAUGGCAUACGACUUGAUUGCCCGUUCUCUUGUCUCUGAGCAUUGUUUUGACAGAUACGGUCCCAAGUUCUGCGACAGGUGCACAUAAACAUCCGUAUAAUUCGUUGUUUUCAAUUUUUCACUUACAGAUAUGUCAACAAAACGGACGUGUUUGAGCCCCAUAACACGUGGUCUUGUGACGGCGAGAAUCCUCAAAUUGCUUUCCGUACAUGUCGUAAAUCGUGUGGAUACUGCAAUUUCAACGUCGUUCACUACACUUUGGAUAAUGCGCUUCAAGUUGGUUUUUUCUAGAGACUAAUGGAAAAUUGCGUCUGUUUUAAGUCUUGCCAACAACAACCAUUGCCCGCAGAGAAACGAAGAUGGAGGGUAAAAUUUUAUAGUACAACAACAACAUCUUCACCGUCACCAAUGGAAAUCAUAAACUCUACAUAUCAACUCUUAAAUUAUCAGUGA